GAUCUCAGUGGCCCUGCCCUGCCUGGAUCUCAGCGGCCCUGUCCCUCUUGGAUCUCAGUGGCCCUGCCCUGCCUGGAUCCCAGGGGUCCUCCACUGCCUGGAUCCCAGGGGUCCUGCCCCGCCUGGAUCUCAGUGAUUCUGCCCUGCCUGGAUCUGACUUCUUGUGUGCAGAGCUGGGGAAGGACAGCUUCUUUGGUUUUAGGCUGAUGAGCUUGGGGUCAUUUGUCCAGGCGGCCGUAGAAGGUUGAGUAGAGCUCUUGCGUCCCCGGGGAAAGGACAGUGGAGCCUCGUCAGUGCAUAACAUGCGUCAUCAAGGCUGCUGAUUAUGCAGCAUCCUGGUUUCGGGUCAGUUCCACAGCUGGUGGUGUGGGGGAGGGAGGUGAGAGGUGCAGGCUGGUUUAGGGCUGUGUGCACAGCAGGGAUAGAAGGACUGAGCACGAGUGCCGCGAGCACCCUGAAGCCUGGUCGUCCCCUUAAUAAGGCUAAUGGGAUUUUCUGCGGUGAUCCGCCCGGGCUCCCCCUGGGCCUCCCGCAGGGCAGGGAGCGGCUGGCCGCCCCCAGCGUGCUGACUGACCCACACUCCGCACAGCUGGGACGGCCGGGGGCCCGGGUUGGACGGAGGCCCAAAAUGAGCUCCCCGCAGGAACAGGGCUUCCGGCUCCUGACCGAGUACACGAAUGGCUUCAUGGUGUCCCAGGUUCUGUUUGCCGCCUGUGAGCUGGGUGUGUUUGACCUCCUCUCUGAGGCCCCAGAGCCCCUGGGCUCGGCGGCAGUGGCUGUGCGUCUGGGCACCAGCUCCCAUGGGACACGGCUCCUGCUGGACACCUGCGUGUCCCUGAAGCUGCUUCAGGUGGAGACGAGCAGAGGAAAAGCUUUAUAUCAAAACACAGAGCUCUCCAGCACCUACCUGGUCAGGGCCAGUCCCAAGUACCAGGGCAACAUGCUUCUGUACCUGGCCAGGACGACGUACCUGUGCUGGGGCCACCUGGCCCAGGCCGUGAGAAUCAAAUGGAACCCUGCUGGGUCUGGGGUCCAGAGCAGCUGUGAGAAACUCCCUGGUCCUGACCGACCUAAUUCACAUAGUGCUAAUCUGUCCUGA